AUGGACCCGCCUCCGCAGCCACGGGCAGAGAGGUAUCUGAGCUACGAAGAGUUCCGUGAACAAGAGCCGCCGCAAGCGCGGCUUUUACGUUUGCGUGGUCUUUUUGAGUUGCUUGUUGAUCAGGACAGCAGCUCGGCCCUGGCGGGUGGACGUGCCAAGCAGAUGUGGCGUGCGCGUGCGAGUCGCGCGCGGUACGGUGCUGGUGGCGCUUUGGCUACAGGCAGUCUAGUGGACCAGAAGGAACCUGUGCAUGCAGCCAAGGCAGCGCACCAGCGCGAAUGGCUUGCCCUUGUACGUCGGAACCGCUAUGCCAGCGAACUGCUUGCCGAGUGCCGCAAGCGGCACGCAGAGCUUGAGAAGCAACAACGGGAAGCUCAGGGACAUGGCGAUCAACACUCGCUGCAAGAUACACUAUGGAGCAAAUGGCAUAGCGUAGUGAGCCUGGUGCAUGAAGAACUCAGUGUGGAAGACAAACCAUCGAUAUGGGCAUCAAUUCAAAACCUUCUGAGCUCUGAUAUGCCAUCUAUGCUAAUGAGUCGCGAGUCUGGUUGGACUGGCUCGCGUGUUUGGGGCCUGCAGGCUCGUGAAAACGGCUCCCAUGGCCACGAUACCCCUACACCAACAUGCACGGCAACAUCAUCCAAUGACAAAGAACGAGCGAGGCAGCGCCAAAUUGAAUGGGAAGGAUUCGUUGCUUACGCAGAGUUCCAAGAACGCGCCUUAUACAGCCUGUUUGGCGAGAUUGAUACCAAUAAGGACGGCAUGUUGGAUGAAGAAGAUAUCCAAGCGGCCUUUGAUAAAGCCGGCAUACGUAUGACCCAUGUGGUGUUGGACGAUUUUAUUGCGAGCAUAGCGUCCUCGGGCGUCCAGGAUGUGAAAGAAUUGCAUGCCCGGGACCUGUAUGUGACGUUCCCCGAGUUCCGUGACUACUUGCUUCUUUUGCCUCGCAAACCUACUGUGCCGGAAAUUUUCCGUUUCUACCAGGUACGGAAGGCAGUAGGUCUGUUUGGCACCGAAGGCAUUUUUGCUGAACUUGGGGCGGCCAUGGGAAAGACUGCCCGGGGUGUGACGCAUGUGAACUUCGACGGUGAUAUGACGUACUCUGGCGAGUUGGACAGAGAUGAGAAGAAGCAAGGAAAAGAGACAGAUGGAUGUGUGGAGGAAGAGGAGGCAUCGACCAAGGACAAUGAACCGUCGGAGGAUGCAAAGCCGAAGUCGGAUAUGAUUCAGUUCGACGUGGCAGCCAAGUUUCUGCUGGCGGGUGGCCUGGCAGGGGCCGUGAGUCGUACAGCUACUGCGCCAUUCGAUCGAUUAAAGAUUUUCUUGAUGACAUCGCGAGCCUCGUUGAGUCCUGCGGCGAUGGGCCAAGGGGCCACGACGACCAAGUCGGGCUUUGGUGCGCUGGCCCAGGGUAUGAUUACCAUUUAUCAAGAGGGCGGCCUCCGUGGGUUCUGGCUUGGUAACGGUUUGAACUGCAUGAAGAUCAUUCCCGAGUCGGCCAUCAAAUUUUUCACGUAUGAAUACAUGAAACGGUUCUUUGCGAAGUACGUGGAUGGCGUCUCAGAUUCGCGGGAUAUUAGCGGAAUGAGUCGCUUUGUGAGUGGCGGUGUGGGUGGUAUCACGUCGCAACUCUCCAUCUAUCCCAUUGAGACGCUGAAAACUCGUUUAAUGUCCAGCAUGAACAACCAGGGUCAUGUGCGUGGUAUGGCCUUGCUGUGCCAAACGGCCCGAGAGAUGUGGCAACGUGGUCGAUUCCGAGCGUACUAUCGGGGCUUGGGAGCUGGAUUGUUGGGCGUAUUCCCCUAUUCUGCCAUUGACAUGUCCACCUUUGAAGGCACGAAGCUGUUCUACUUGCGCUACACAGGCAAGGACGAGCCAGGUGUAUUGGCCUUGCUAGCCUUUGGGAGCUUUUCUGGUAGCGUGGGUGCGGCAACAGUGUACCCUCUUAACCUGGUUCGAACGCGGCUGCAGGCCUCAGGCACACCUGCCCAUCCAUUUAUCUACAAAAGUCUCUGGGAUGCCACCUACCAAACAUUCCAACGUGAAGGUAUUCUAGGUUUCUACCGUGGCCUGAUUCCUACGCUGGCCAAGGUGGUACCUGCUGUAUCGAUUAGCUAUGUGGUGUACGACCGGGCCAAGAAGACGCUGGGCGUUGCCUAA